UCCCCGCUGUCCCCAGCCAAGCACAUCGUAAAGGUGGACGGGAGAGCGGGACUCUUCAAAGGCCUCGCCCCCCGCCUCUGCUCCAGCGCCAUCGGCACCGUGGUGCACAGCAAAGUGCUGCAGCGGUACCAGGAGGCUGAGCAGUCUGAGCCUGGAGUCAGCAAGAAGGUGUUCUCGCUGGAGCAUGUACUCAAGCAGACCUCCCAGGAGAUGGUCGCCCGCUCUGCCGCCACCCUCAUCACCCACCCCUUCCACGUGAUCACCCUGCGCUGCAUGGUGCAGUUCAUCGGCCGUGAGACCAAGUACAGUGGGACACUAAGCGCCUUCACCACAAUCUACCAGGAAGAGGGAAUCCUGGGAUUCUUCGCCGGCCUCAUCCCGCGGCUCCUCGGGGACAUCCUCUCCCUGUGGCUGUGCAACAUGCUGGCCUACCUCAUCAACACAUACGCGCUGGAGAGCGGGGUCUCCACCAUGACCGAGGUGAAUAGCUACUCCCACGCGGUCACUGGGUUCUUUGCCAGCAUGCUGACCUACCCCUUCGUCCUGGUCUCCAACCUGAUGGCUGUGAACAACUGCGGGUUGGCUGGGGGUCUCCUUCCUUAUGCACCCACCUACUCCUCCUGGCUGGAUUGCUGGAGCCAGCUGCACAGGGAGGGCAACAUGAGCCGAGGGAACAGCCUGUUCUUCCGCAAGGUUCCAGCAGGGAAGAGAUACGUGUGGGAGGAGCGGAGGUUCCGCUGAUUCUGGAGAUGGGAGUGGGAUUGUGGAGCCAAUGCUGGGCUCUGGAAGCAAAGAAUCAUGGAGAGUGAUGAUUUCUAUACAGUUUUUUAAAAAUCAUUUCCUGCUGAGAGCUGAA